CAGAAAGCCUUAGAGAUUACUUUAGCAAAUUCGGAGAAAUCACAGAAGUAAUGGUGAUGAAGGACCCCACGACGAGGAGGUCAAGCUCGUCUGCGAUGGGAUUGGCUGACUCCUCUGCUCCCCUGUACUCGAGGCCAAGAGGGUUUGGCUUCAUCACAUUCGGCGACCCCGCCAGCGUAGACAAAGUAUUAGCACAUGGUACACACGAAUUAGAUGGUAAAAAGAUCGACCCCAAAGUAGCAUUUCCUAGGAGAGCACAUCCAAAGAUGGUGACGAGAACGAAGAAGAUAUUUGUGGGUGGUUUAUCAGCACCUACCACACUGGAGGACGUGAAAAGUUACUUCGAACAAUUUGGACCGAUUGAGGACGCUAUGCUGAUGUUCGACAAACAAACCAACCGACACAGAGGCUUCGGAUUCGUCACAUUUCAGAGCGAAGACGUAGUGGACAAAGUUUGCGAAAUCCACUUCCACGAAAUCAAUAACAAAAUGGUCGAAUGCAAAAAAGCCCAGCCCAAAGAAGUGAUGCUACCGGCGAACCUGGCGAAAACGCGCACCGCUGGACGUGGGACAUACGAUUUUAUGUGGUCGCUGGGGACUUUACCUGAUGGUUUCCCCGCCGCCGCAUACGCUGCGUACGCAGCCGGUCGUGGCUUCUCCGGCUAUCCGAGCUUCGGACUACCGUACCCCACAGUGGACAUCACGAACGGACAGUUGACACCAAACAAUAAUACCCCGCUGCUAACACAGGCUCUAUCAGACUUCACAGUGAUGAACAACUACCAGGCGGCAGCGGCCGCGGCAGCGCAAGGCUUCGGCACCCCAGCGUCCCCCCACACAACAACCGCGGCGCGGACCGCCGGCUUCACCAACACCAACUCGCCCGGACCGACGAUCGACAUGUACAGCUCGAGUGCGGCGGACAGCGUGGGAUACGUCCAGGCCACGAGUCCCCAGCCAUCCGGAUUCCCCGCUAUUGCCGUCAGCCGUGCGCCGCUGAAUUAUAGCCCGGGCCAACUGAUUCCCGCAGCGUUCACCAAUGGCUACCAUUGAAAUACACUAGCAAGCAAUAUAUGAUCACCAACGUCGUUAUUGUUUCGGAGCGGGGUAUAGUUUCCAUUUGUCCCAGACGGCGAAAGAAAGAGAUAGGAAGAGAGAGAGAGUGAGCAGCAGCAAACAUCAACAAUACAACCAGAACAAGAACAACAAGUAGCAACAACAAAGCCGCAAACCCGAAAACGCCGGUCGUGAUUGUAGCGUUGAUGUGUGACAAACAGCCAAAAUUAGAAUGGAUCGAACCAUCAGUCAGCCGAAACGUCAACCGCGACGACCACGUGGCAAGCCCCCCGUAUGUAUGAUUGUGUGCGUGUCCGCGUUGAAUUCUUCUCAUUUAUCAGUCGGCAACGCGUUUAGAUAUGUUUCUUGUUUUGGGCUGUCAACAUGACAGAAGUGAGGUAGAUUCUUCGAGUAAGAGAGAUUGGAUAAUAAGAAAAAAACAAUGGAGAACAUAAUCCCACCUUCGCAUUAGGCCAUGAGGACGUUGGGUUAGGAUAGAAAGGUGGGGGUUGAGGAUCUUUUUAGAUUUGUAGCAGUGCAUUGAUGAGGGCGUGUGUCUGGUAUGACGAGUUAGGGCGUAAUAGGUUAGAAUUUCAAAGGAAUGCAGAAAUAAAAUCAAGGGGACUAAGUAGUAGAUUCUAUGUGACAGAUCGGAGACGUCAAGCGGCUGAUGAAUUCUAUCGGAAACACAUUACACAAAAUGAUAAUAAUGCUAAAGGACAGGUUGAGAUAAACCGAUUCUAUGAAGAACUCUACUCACACAAACACACGUACAUAUAUUUUAGAUAAGCAAACAACCCAAACAACAAACAAAACAAAAACACAAAAAGUGCAUCAUUGUUUAAGAAGACGCUAUUGAGAAGCAAAAUGAGCUAAUUUGUUUCGAUAAAAUAUUUGUUAUUCUCUUUAUAUUUACUUAAUUUAAAUAAUUAACUACAAUUAUUAACUUAAAGUGUAAGCUGACGGAUAAAGCCGAAUGCUUUAAAAGAAACACAAUUAACAAAUAAAAAAAAGAAAACACAAAAAAAAACAAAAAAGGAACGAAUAGACGUCAAGGUCCGUUCACAAAAACAACACACACACAACAAUAAUUAAGCAAAACUUAUUACGUUUUCGUUUUUUGCUGCAAGCAAGCAUCUAUUAAGCAGAUAUGAUAAUUUUUACUUUUUAAAAGAAUAAAACAAAACUGUAAAGGUAAUUAGUGGGAGGAAGCAGAAAGGCUGGCACGAUGCCAGCUACAGAAGCUAGUGGUCUUAGGUAUAUAUAUUUAUUAAUAUGGAAAGGAGACAGGAACAUUUAACGAAUGGAAAGCUAACUUUUUUGCGCGCCUUGAGCAGCGUUCGUUUUUAGCACCUACUAUUCCUCAUUUUAAAUUGUAAAACAUUCGAAAUGCCAAGCGUAUUAGAAGUGUUCCCCCAAUGGACGGGCAAACUAGCAGCUUGGAAGGGUGUUCGUUGGGCUCUGGCAGCAAGCAAAGCUUAUAUCUCACUUUGAACUUGUUCUGAACAAUUUUUGAAACAGCAGCAGUUUUCUUUUUUAUUUCAAACGAGAAAAACAGGAAAAUACAAUAUAAUAUGAAUCACAAACGUCAAACAAACAUAGCAAACAUUGGCAAAUGGAAAGCAAAAUUGUGUACGAAAUUGAAACGAGAAAGCGAAAGCGAAGUAAAAUGGAAAAUGCAAUAAUAAUUGUUACUACAAGUAAUGCAGUAAGCAAAACAAAAAAUAAGAACGAGAACCAUCAUUAGAAAAGAAUUAAUUAAAAUUUAAAAAAUACAAGGAAAAUUGUGAACAGAUGAAUACUUUGGAUAUUUUUUACACUUGAAUGGUAAAAAGCAGCUAUCCAAAACAUACAAGAAUGAAAGAAGGAGAUAAAUUUAAUGAGAAUGUAAAUUAUUAUAAAUACAUGAAAUAUAUGAAUUAAACAAAGCGUAAUUCAAAGAAAGAAAGAAAAACAAAACUUAGUUAAAUAUAAAUUAUAUUGAAAUUUAAAUUAAAUAAAUAAAAUAAUACAAAUAUUUAAAACAAAUACUAUGAUAAUAAAAUAAUUAUAAAUUAAUUUUUAUCAUUCAGACAAACUCAUGAACAGAAGGAAAACAAGUGGAGAGAACCUGUACGUAAACCAAACAAACAUACACUGGAAAGCAAACCAAACAAACCAAAAUAUUUAAAUGUGCAGUCUGGAGAACACGGAUUUAUGUGAGUGAAUUAUUUCAAUUACGAUGAAACCAAAACAAACAAGAAACGAAUGUGAACACUAAGCAAAUUAUACUGAAAAAGUAAACACUAACAAGCACACCCUUUGUAGAAGAAGUAAUGAACCAGUGACAUUGAUGGUCCCUAUUAUUUUAGAAAAUCCUAUCCAAUCGGGAAGACCGGUGUCAGUUUGGAUAGAUCGACAGGAUUCUCUCAUUUUCACACAAACACAUCUACGUAAGAGAACAGCAGAAAUUAAGCAAACAAAGAUCACUCACAAUAACAAAUAAGCAAAACUUGGAAACAACCAGAAAUAUUUGAAAACCAUACCAACACACGAGCAAAGCCCAGUUUAUUAUUGUGAAUUAUUAUAACUAAACGCAAAGAGAAAAAUACGAUUAAUUACUGGAAGAACAGAAGAAAAUCAUCACAGCAAACAAAAACAACAAGUGUAAGCACGCACUGUCUAAGAGAUAAAAAUACGACAGAACGUGCAACCAAAACACAGCCAGAAGACGAGAGGAACGAAAUUGGAGCAAAAACAAAGAAAAAGAGGAGAAUAAUAAUUAAUUAACACACAUCAAGAAACAAACAAA